UGUUCCUCUGGUUGUUACUUUGGUUUGGGGACACAUUUGUGCCAGUAGGGGUGCCCUAUUAAGCAAGCUGAUCUAUACAGAUGGUCUUGAACAGCCAAAAAAGGUCUGCAGAGCAGCUGGUGUGCAGAGCUCUAAGAAUAACCUGGACAUUUGUGGGGAUAAAGUUACCUUGAAACCUCCCUAUGCUUUGCUCUGACCUAUACCCAUGUGAGGCACCAAUAACACGGGGUUGGAUAUGCUAGUAGCCCCUUUCCCUACCCAGGCCUGUGCUUAGCUUGGCUCUUUCCAAUCCAGCUUUGUUCUCCUUUGCCCCAUCAUCCCCACUUGCCCACUGGCAACGCUGCCACACAGGCAGCUCUGAAUCCCCCCAAAUCUGUAAAGUUAGAGUUUAUACUUGACUUCUAGUUUGCUCCUUGUCUUUUUUUUUUACUUUUGGAACAGCAUAAACUGUGGAUUACUGUAUAUUUGCCGGGGCCGUGGUCACCACUUGGAAAUGGAUUAAUAUAUAUGCACUUGGACAUGGUUUUGCUGACACGUGGACAUUGAUUGGAUUUACUGAAGCUGGGAUUGUACCCAACUGGGUAUCACCAUGGCUGAAGUCAAAUCAGCCAGGGGGUCUACCAGAGGAGGAGCGCCACAGUCGUGCUCGCUGAGUCCAAAGGCCUGGAUUUACUCAGGAAGCUGAGGGUGUCGGUGGAGCUUCUGAUCACUCUGGCUGCUCUUCUGUCUUGGGUGAUUGUCGGGGUGGUGAUGUUUGACUUUGUCGAGUACAAGGCAGUCCCUGACAUCCAACAAAUAGUAACGGACCCUGUCCAAGCUGUAAACGACGCCGUAGAUGAAGUAACCUCUCUGCUUAAUAAGGUCCAAGAAUGUGCACCAGAUUUAAGUGAUCCGAUAUCUGUCGCCCGUUAUGCAUCUGAUGAAAUAAUAGAAGCAAAAGAUGGGUUUGUUCGAUAUUUUUCAAAUGAGGAGGGAAACUUCUAUCUCAGCUAUGUUGAUCCUGUGGUCAUCGGUCGAUGGGCUUUUCACGCUACUAAUGAUAUCAUAUAUGGGGUCGUGGCUUCCUUCAAAGACACACUGUGUGCCAUUACAGAUGUUGUGCUGGAUACUACUCUGGAUAUACAUAAAGGUAAAAUUGACCUUAGCUACGUGACCCUAGUGGUGAUAGGCAGAAGCAUCUUUGGUGUAAUUAAUGAGUCCAUAAGUGGCGUGAUGAGCUACAUCCAGGACACACUGUGCACCAUCUUAGACAAUGUUCUGAAUGUUGUAAAAGGAACCACUGACCUAAGCUUCAUGGAUCCUGUGGUAAUUGGUCGGAGUAUCUUCACUGUUGCUGAUGAUACUGUGAGUGGAAUAGUGGGCCACAUCCGUGACAAGUUCUGUGCCAUAGUUGACGGCAUUCUGGAUAUAUUUAAAGGAACUACAGACAUCAGCUUCAUUGAUCCUGUGGUAAUUGGCAGAAAUAUCUUCAGCGCCAUUAAUGAUUUUGUGAGCGGCAUUGUGACGUAUAUCCAGGAUGUACUUUGUGCAGUUUUGGAUGUAAUACUGGGCACAAUUAAAGAUGUCCAGGAGGCUGUGGGAUUCAAUCCGGUGACAGCUGUCAAGAGAACAGCAGAAAUCACUAAAGAACAGAUGAACAUGCUUGUGAGCUACUUUUCCACAAUGCUGACGGGUGAACAAGGAACUACAGACAUCAGCUUCAUUGAUCCUGUCGUAAUUGGUAGAAAUAUCUUCAGUGCUAUUAAUGAUUUUGUGAGCGGCAUAGUGAUGUAUAUCCAGGAUGCACUUUGUACAGUUUUGGAUGUAAUACUGGACACAGUUAAAGGUGUCCAGGAGGCUGUGGGAUUCAAUCCAGUGACAGCUGUCAACAGAACAGCAGAAAUCACUAAAGAACAGAUGAACAUGCUUGUGAACUACUUUUCCACAAUGCUGAUGGGUGAACAAGGAACUACAGACAUCAGCUUCAUUGAUCCUGUGGUAAUUGGCAGAAAUAUCUUCAGCGCCAUUAAUGAUUUUGUGAGCGGCAUUGUGACGUAUAUCCAGGAUGUACUUUGUGCAGUUUUGGCUGUAAUACUGGGCACAAUUAAAGAUGUCCAGGAGGCUGUGGGAUUCAAUCCGGUGACAGCUGUCAAGAGAACAGCAGAAAUCACUAAAGAACAGAUGAACAUGCUUGUGAGCUACUUUUCCACAAUGCUGACGGGUGAACAAGGAAUCAUACCAGAAGUGUCUGUUGACCCCAUGAAGGUCAUCACAGAUGCUGUGUUGGAGUUUUCAGACAAGAAAGAUCUGUUCCUAGCCUACAUGUCAGGCAUGUUCAUUGGUGAACAGGGUGAACCUGUUGCCACACCAGUUGUAAAUAUUGUAACAGACAAAGAUGAAACAGUAGUUUCACCAUCUGAUAUCCAUUUGGUAAGAAAGAAAGGAGAAUUUCUUCCACCUUUAGAAAAAGGUACUGAGAACGUGCAGGCGGCCAAAGAGGAAGCAGCUGCACAAACAAGUGCAGCUGCAGACUCAAGGAUGCAAGAGGAGGAGAAUAAAGAGGUGGCUGAGGCAUCCAGUGAAGCAGAUGGGAGAGAAGCAGAGGAGGAUGAUGCAGCCAAAGGGGCCAAACAGGAGGUGUCACUGGAGGAGGAAAAGGAGCAGGAGGAAGAUAAAGAAGAGGAAAGGAGUGAGGCAGAGGCACAGAGGGAGGUGGAUGCAAAAACAGAACGUGGGAUGAAAUAUCAGGAGGAGGGGAUUAAAAGAAAAGAUGUUAUAGCUGAUGAAGAGGAGAAGGAGUUAAAAAGAAAAAUGGAAAAGGAUGAAGUGGUAAGUGACAAAGAGAAGGAGGACAAGGAGGAAAAGGACAGUAAAACAAAAGAUAUGAUCAUAGAUGAGGAGGAAGCGGAGAGGAUCAUAUCAGCAGAGGAGGUGAUGAAACCAAAAGACUCCACAGGAGAUGAGGAGAUAAAAACUGUGACAAAAGCUGAUGAGGAGAAAGAGGAUGUGUUAAAAUAUCAGGAGGAGUAUGAGGAGGUUCAAGCAGAAGGCGCAGCACAAAAUAAUGAGGAACAGGUGGAGGAGCAGGAGAUUAAAACACAUGCAAUGGAAGAGGAGGAGGAUCCUGAAGACUUCAGGGGAGGUGUGGUGAAAGAUGGUGAGGUGAGAGACAAAGUGGAGGCAGAGACAGGUGUGUCCAAAUAUCAAGGUGAUGGAGCCACAACAGAAGAUGUGGCAGAAGAUGAUGGUGGGGAGAAGGAGGUGAGAAACAAAACAGAAGACAUGGCACAGGAGGUUGAGGAGGAGGUGGAUGAGGAAUGGGAGAUGAAAUCAAUACAUUUAGCAAGAGAAAGUGAGGAGAAGGAGGAGGUGAGGAGUAAAGCAGAAGAUGUACCAAAAUGUGAGGAAAAGGAGGAGGAGGAAGAGGGAAUUAAAACAGGGGAGGAUGAUGAAAGCCAGAAAGAGGAGGUACAUACAAAAGAGGAGAAAGAUGAACUCACUGUACAGGAUGAAGACAAAAAAGAGCAUGACGGUGAGAAGAAGGAGGAGACCAUUGCUCUUACUUCUGAUGAGGACAAAGAGAAACACAGAGUGGAGGAGGUAGAGGAGGAUCAAGAAAUUGAAGAUUCAGAUGUCCUCAAAGACAGAAAGGUUCUUGCUGAAAAACAGGAAGAUGACACUGCUGAGAGAGAAGAAUGCAAAGAUGUGACAGCUGGUGAUGAUCUAGAUUCAAAAGAUGGCACAGAAACUAAGGAAGAGCACAAGGGGGGUGUGGAAAAAGAAAAGGGGGAGGAUGACAGUUCACUGCCUGAACAUGAUGAUGAAACACCCGUUUACGACCAGGAUGAAAAAGCUGAUCAUCACAAUGAAAACAACAACAACAGUGAGAGUCUGCAAGCAGACUCUGAACGACAACCGAAGACCCAUAUUCCCUUUGACAGCACUGGCCUCAAACAAGAUCCUGAGAAAGAGAAAGAAAUCACAAAAGAGGAACAACCAAAACCACAAAAAGAGGAUAAAGAAAUAAAGAAGCCAUUGAAAGAUGUGAAAAAAGCAAAGACGCCUUCGAAGGAAAAGAAAGAAGUAAAGAAGCCUGAAGUUAAAACAACCACAAAGGCAGAGAGGAAAGAAAAAAUCCAUUCAACAAGAAAACUUCAAAAACAAAAAGAGGAAAAAAAGGCAAGGUUGCAUUUAAAAGAAGAGAAGAUACAUACCAAAGAUAAGAUGGAUUUGAAAGAAAUUCCCAAAAAGCAAACAGAGAUAUCUCACAAAGAAAAGGAAGAAGUGAACAUACUCCUCACACAAGAGACAGAAGUAAAGAAACCAAAACCUCUCAAAGAAGAGAAGGAAGUAAAGAAACUACCAGAGGAGAAGGAAGUAAAAAAACCUGCCAAGGAAAAAAAGGAAAGAACACCACCAAAACCUCCAAAAGAAGAGAAGAAAGCAAAGAAACCUCUCAAAGAAGAGAAGGAAGUAAAGACACCUCUCAAAGAUGAGAAGGAAGUAAAGAAACCUCUCAAAGUUGAGAAGAAAAUAAAGAAACCUCUCAAAGAAGAGAAGAAAAUAAAGAAACCUCUCAAAGAAGAGAAGGAAGUAAAGAAACCUUUAAAAGAAGAGAAGGAAGUAAAGAAACCUUUAAAAGAAGAGAAAGAAAUAAAGAAACUUUUCAAAGAAGAGAAGGAAAUAAAGAAACCUUUCAAAGAAGAGAAGGAAAUAAAGAAACCUUUCAAUGAGAAGGAAGUAAAGAAACCUCUUAAAGAAGAAAAAGAAUUCAAGAAACCAAAACCUCCCAAAGAAGAGAAGGAAGUAAUGAAACCUCUCAAAGAAGAGAUGGAAAUCAAGAAACCAAAGCCCCCAAAAGAACAAAAGGAAGUAAAGAAACCUCUCAAAGAAGAGAUGAAAGUAAAGAAAGCUUUUGUUGAGAAGGAAGUAAAGAAACCUCUUAAAGAAGCGAAAGAAGUCAAGAAACCAAAACCUCCCAAAGAAGAAAAGGAAGUAAAGAAACCUCUCAAAGAAGAAAAAGAAGUCAAGAAACCAAAACCUCCCAAAGAAGAGAAGGAAGUAAAGAAACCUCCCAAAGAAGAAAAAGAAGUCAAGAAACCAAAGCAUACCAAAGAAGAGAAGGAAGUAAAGACACCUUUUGAUGAGAAGGAAGUAAAGAAACCUCUUAAAGAAGAGAAAGAAUUCAAGAAACCAAAACCUCCCAAAGAAGAGAAGGAAGUAAUGAAACCUCUCAAAGAAGAGAUGGAAAUCAAGAAACCAAAGCCCCCAAAAGAACAAAAGGAAGUAAAGAAACCUCUCAAAGAAGAGAUGAAAGUAAAGAAAGCUUUUGUUGAGAAGGAAGUAAAGAAACCUCUUAAAGAAGCGAAAGAAGUCAAGAAACCAAAACCUCCCAAAGAAGAAAAGGAAGUAAAGAAACCUCUCAAAGAAGAAAAAGAAGUCAAGAAACCAAAACCUCCCAAAGAAGAGAAGGAAGUAAAGAAACCUCCCAAAGAAGAAAAAGAAGUCAAGAAACCAAAGCAUACCAAAGAAGAGAAGGAAGUAAAGACACCUUUUGAUGAGAAGGAAGUAAAGAAACCUCUUAAAGAAGAGAAAGAAGACAAGAAACCAAAAACUACCAAAGAAGAGAAGGAAUUAGAGAAACCUGUCAAAGAAGAGAUGGAACUCAAGAAACCAAAACCUUCCAAAGAAGAGGAAGUAAAGAAACCUCUCAAAGAAGAAAAACAAGUCAAGAAACCAAAGCCUACCAAAGAAGAGAAGGAAGUAAAGAAACCUCUCAAAGAAGAGAUGGAAAUCAAGAAACCAAAACCUUCCAAAGAAGAGAAGGAAGUAAAGAAACCUUUUGAUGAGAAGGAAGUAAAGAAACCUCUUAAAGAAGAGAAAGAAUUCAAGAAACCAAAACCUCCCAAAGAAGAGAAGGAAGUAAAGAAACCUUCCAAAGAAGAGAAAGAAGUAAAGAAACUUCUCAAAGAAGAGAUGGAAGUCAAGAAACCCCUCAAAGAAGAGAAGGAAGUAAAGAAACCUCUCAAAGAAGUGAAGGAAGUAAAGAAACUUCCCAAAGAAGAGAAGGAACCGAAGAAACCUCUUAAAGAAGUGAAGGAAGUAAAGAAACCUCUCAAAGAAGAGAAAGAAGUAAAGAAACCUCCCAAAGAAGAAAAAGUAGAGAGACCUCUCAAAGAUGAGAAGGAAGCAAAGACCCCUCUCAAAGAUGACAAGGAAGUAAAGAAACCUCUCAAAGAUGACAAGGAAGUAAAGAAACCUCUCCAAGAAGUGAAGGAAGUAAAGAAACCUCUCCAAGAAGUGAAGGAAGUAAAGAAACCUCUCCAAGAAGUGAAGGAAGUAAAGAAACCUCUCCGAGAAGAGAAGGAUGUAAAGAAACCUCUCCAGGAAGUGAAGGAAUUAAAGAAACCUCUCAAAGAAGAGAAGGAAGGAAAGAAACCUCAAGAAAAGAUGGAGUUAGAGAAACCUCUCAAAGAAGAGACUGAAGAAAGAAAGUCUCCCAAAGAAGAGGAGGUAAUGAAACAUCUCAAAGAACUGAGGGAAGUCAAGAAACCUUCAGAAAAGGAAAUCAAGAAAUAUUUGAAAGUUGAGAAAGAGGUGAAGAAGCCUCUUGAAGAGAAGGAAGUAAAGAAACCUGUCAAAGAAGAUAAACACAUGAAGAUAACAAUCGAAGAAAAAGAGGCAAAGCAGCCAUUCAACAAAAGCAAAGAACAAAUAAAAUUUCUUAAACAGACAAUGGAGAAAGUUACAUUUAUUUCCAAAGAGGAGGAACGAAUAGAGAAACCACCGAAGGUAGAAAUAGAAGAACGAAAGAUGCCUAAAGAAGAAAAAGAACAGAAAAGGCAUCCAAUAGAGAAAGAAGCAGUGGGGAAGGCUUUAAAAGAAAGGAAAGAAAGACCUGCCAAGAAACCAAAAGAAGGGAAGCCUUCUAAAGGAGAGAGGGAAGAAAUGAAGCCAUCUAAGGAAGAAAAAGAAGUUCAGAAACCUCCAAAAAUGAAAGAAGAGAAAGCUGCCAAGAAACCUUUUCAAGAAAGGAAAGAAGAGAGGCGAGACAAGAAACUUUCUGAAGAAGAGACAGAGACAGAACCGGUUGUUACUUCUAAAGGAGAGAAAGAAACAAAGAAGCCUCCUAAAGAAGAAUCAAAGGAAACAAAACCUAUAAAGGCCAGAGACACUAAGACAGGUGACACACAGAAAAAGCCUGUAAAGGUUAAAGUCAUCAGGAAAAAGGUUGCAUCUCUCCUGAGGAAGGAGCAUCUCAAUGUUACAAAAACAGCACCCACAGCUCCAAAGGAAAAAGUCAAACCAGUACUGACUAAAAAAGAUAUGUCAAAGGAAAAGGUCAAAGCUGCUCCAAUCAAGAAAGUGAUUCGACAAGAAGGCGUCCAAAUCAAUGCUUCUCUUGUGAAAGAGAAGGUCAAAAUAGUGCCUAUAAAGAAAGGAAUUAAAGUGCCAAAAGUCAAACCAGCACCUGCAAAAACAGAUGAGGUUUUGAAACAGAAGUCCAAACCAGUUAGAACAAAGAGAGAACCUGUUGCACUAAAGGCAAAAGCAGAACCAAAAGUUAAAGAAGAAGAAAUCCAACAAAAAAAUGUUUCUCUAACGAAGACGAAGGUCAAAGUUGUGCCACUGAAGAAAGCGUCCGUAGCUCCAAGAGAGAAACUCAAACCAGCACCCCUGGAAAAAAAAACCGAAAUUCUGAAGGAGAAGGUGGAACCACAGACCAUCACAAAAGAAAAGGAAGCUUCCAAAGUGAAAGCAAAAGCUGAGACAGAACCUACAAAGAAAGAUAUAUCAAAGGAAAAGGUCAAAACUGCUUCGAUCAAGAAAGUCAUUCCACAAGAAGAUCUCCAAAGAAAUGUUUCUCUGGUGAAAAAGGUCAAAAUAGUGCCCAUAAAGAAAGGAAUUAAAGUGCCAAAAGUCAAACUAGCAUCUACAAAGUCAGAACCUGUUGCACUAAAAGCAAAAACAGUGCCAAAAGUCAAAGAAGCAGAAAUCCAACAGACAAAGACGGUCAAAGUUGUACCACUGAAGAAAGCACCAGUAGCUCCAAGAGAGAAAGUCAAACCAGCACCCCUGGAAAAAAAAACUGAAAUUCUCAAGGAGAAGAAGGUGGAACCACGGACCAUCACAAAAGCAAAAGAUGCUUCCAAAGUGAAAGCAAAAACCGAGACAGAACCCACAAAAAAAGAUAUAUUAAAGGAAAAGGUGAAAGCCGUUCCGAUCAAGAAAGAACCUUUUGCACUAAAGGCAAAAGCAGUGCCAAAACCUAAAGAAGCAGAAAUCCAACAGAAAAAUGUUUCUCUAACAAAGACGAUGGUCAAAGUUGUACCACGAAAGAAAGCGCCAGUGGCUCCAAGAGAGAAACUCAAACCAGCACCUGUGGAUAAAAAACCUGAAAUUGUCAAGAAGAAGAAGAUGGAACCAGGAACCAUCACAAAAGAGAAAGACGCUUCUAAAAUUAAAGCAAAAGCUGAGGCAGAACCUACAAAGAAAGAUAUAUCAAAGGAAAAGGUCAAAGCCGCUCCGAUCAAGAAAGUGAUUCCACAAGAAGGUGUCCAAAGAAAUGUUUCUCUAGUGAAAGAGAAGGUCAAAAUAGUGCCUAUGAAGAAAGGAAUCAAAGUGCCAAAAGUCAAACCAGCAUCGACAAAGACAGAUGAGGUUUUGAAGCCAAAGUCCAAACCAGUUACAACAAAGAGAGAACCUUUUGCACUAAAAGCAAAAGUAGUGCCAAAAGUUAAAGCAGAAAUUCAACAGAAAAAUGUUUCUCUAACAAAGACGAAGGUCAAAGUUGUACCACUGAAGAAAGUGCCCCUCGCUCCACGAGAGAAACUCAAACCAGCACCCACUAAAAGUAAAACGGAAACUCUCAAAGAAAAGAAGGUGGCACCACAGACCAUCAGAAAAGAACCAGAAGUCACAAAGGGGAAGGCAAAAAAAGCUCAUGAAAAGAAAGAGCCAGAAGCAACGAAGGAAAAAAUUAAAUCACUGCUGAGGAAGAAAGAGCCUGAAGUUUCCAGAAAAAAAGUCAAACCUGCUGUAGAAAAGAAAGAGGACAGAGUUCUUAAGGAACAACAGCCUGUAAAAAAAGAAAAAUUACUGAAGAAAACAACUACAGAUGACAAAGUUAAAGAAGCCAGAGUUCUGAAAGAGAUACAGGAGCCUGCAAAGAAAGAAAAAGUUGUUGAAAAGAAAGAAGUGAAAGAAGAGAAAACAGAACCUGCUUUAACAGACUUUAUCAUGGAAGAUGAGCUGCCCUAUUUCCAGUGUUUCUUUGUGGACGAGGACGAGGCGCAGUUUCCAUUCUACGCUUUCUCGCCGCUGCAGAUGUGAAGCUUCAGUCUGAAUCCAGUCUGCAGUUUGGCACCGAGUCCAUGUACUGAAGAUGACACGGUGGUGUCACGCUGUCCGCUGCUGACGCGCGGCCUGCAUCUAAUGCAGAAAGUCCUGAGCAGCAAAGGAUGAUGGGUGACGCAUCAACAACUUCUAUUAUCUUUGAACAUUUGGUUGAGCUCUCGUGCCGCUUCGCGUCAUUCCUUUCAUUUUUUUUUUUUUUUUUCAAACCGUUUCAAAGGUGCGCAUAGAACAUUGUGAACAACAGCUGUGGCUUAAGUCUGCACAGCAGCACAUGCAAAUGUUUUAAAGCAUAUUUACAACACAUUAAUACAGCACAUUAACAAGAAAAGCCAGCGGUGCUGCACGAUGGUGAAAACUGUUGUAAUCUUCAAUGUUUUAUACAGGGCACAAAUGUCGCCACAUCAACACCUGAAAGUGGUGUUUACUUGAAAAUAUCAGUAGUGGCAAUAGUUGGGGUUUUUUUUUUUUUAUGGUAGCGUCUAAAAUGGCAUAUUUGUUAAUGUUCUGCGUGUCCUUUAAGUGCAUUUGGGUAUGUCAUUAACUGUACUUUUUUUAGUUACUUUUUCCACAUUUUCUAUUUUCUUGUGUAAAACAAUGCAUCAAUAGGAAUGACCGUGCACUGUACGUGAGAGCUCCCAUAAAUGCAGAUAAACCAAUGGAAUAUUUAAUGUCUUAUUAAAAUGUACACUGUGCACCUUUAUUCUGAUAUUUAUGUAAGAAAUGGCACCUCUCAGAACAAGGCUUGAAUUCAUGCUUUAAUGAAGU